AUGAGAUUGCCGCUUGACGGAGGUCAGAUGAAAAGAUUUCAUUUGGAUAGCCCUAAGAGAAAGGCCGUCUCUCCAUUGAAGAAAUAUGAACUGGCAAGGUUUGUUAAGAGGAGAAAACCUAAGAAGUGGAGUCUGGAGGAGGAAGAUGCCUUGAGGGAGGCUGUAAAGAAGUAUGGUAAAGGAAACUGGAAGCUGAUCUGGAACUCUAGACGUGAUGUGUUUCAAGAGAGAACCGAGGUUGAUUUGAAGGAUAAGUGGAGGAACAUGACAAGAUACGGUUGA